UAUAUUAUGUAUAAUUUAGUGUAGCAUAUUAAUUUUGUUUUAUGGAAAAUAAAGUUGAAAGGUCACACCGAGGUCGGAGUUCACAGGGUAACGUUUACGAACAUUCGACAUGGCGAAGCAUCAUCCAGAUUUGAUUUUCUGCAGAAAACAAGCCGGCGUUGCUAUUGGAAGAUUAUGUGAAAAAUGUGAUGGGAAGUGUGUCAUCUGCGAUUCCUACGUAAGGCCCUGCACGCUGGUGCGUAUCUGUGAUGAAUGCAACUACGGAUCCUAUCAGGGACGCUGUGUCAUCUGUGGAGGGCCGGGAGUGUCUGAUGCCUAUUACUGCAAGGAGUGCACCAUUCAGGAAAAAGAUAGAGAUGGCUGCCCUAAGAUCGUGAACCUGGGGAGCUCCAAGACCGACCUCUUUUACGAGCGGAAAAAAUAUGGCUUCAAGAAGAGGUGAAGCUGUGAACCCGGGUGGGGGCGUUGACGUCGGCGGUGGUGUUCUCUGCAGAGCUGUUCCAAGCCAUGUUUCUGGUCUGUUUUUCCACAAAAAUUUUUGAGCAUAAUAAAGUCUUUUCAGUUUUCUUUG